UUUGGUGCUACAAGACAGUCUUCAUAUCUAUUUGGAGUGGACACAUGCCAGAACGUUUAUGAAGUAUUUAAAGUCAACACAUCAGAUGGCUCUGAGAUUCUUCAUUCUGGUUUUCUUGAUGCAGCAGACGAAUGCGAUGUCACAGCUUGAGUGGGAAUCCUGGGUUGCACAGGUGCACCAUCUAUAUUCUUGUCACGACGUCAAAGCAUCCAUGCAAUCUGGCUUCUUAUCCAUCCACACAAAUCAGGUGGAGGAAGCAAGGGGCUUUGGUGCACAAGGAUUUGUUGUGGAUAUCCCCUUGCACCCAGGUAUGAGUAACCACGGUGAAUGUCUAAUUGGAGGCUGCAGUAUGGAUGCAGUGAUAGGGGUAGCAGUAAAUGGAGUCCCCAUUCUAAGUCCAUUCACAGAGAAGGGAUGUGAGGUAAUGGGUGGCAACAAUAGAUUGAUGCUUGAUUCAUGUGGUGGGCACCAUACUCCCACACUUGGCUACCACUACCACACCAGCCCUAAAUGUCUCUUCAAGGAUGGUGAGGUUGAACAAGUGAUCGGCAUGGCUAUAGAUGGCUAUCCCAUAAUGCGCAAUGCUCUGAGUGAUGAUGGUGGUCAUAUCCAGCAUGAUCAUUUGGAUAAUUGCCAUGGCAUAAUGUCACAUGGGUUUUAUAAGUACAUCGUCCUGACGUCAUUCCCUUACAUGAUCGGAUGUAUGAAAGGUAACAUAUGGAAUUCAAGCGUGAAUGUUAUGAGUUCCAAUACAAUGGCUACGAGUGAUAUGAAUCAUGGUAUUGGCGACACGCAAAAUGGGAAUGAAGAAAUGCAUCAUGGAGAUGAAGAAAUGCAUCAUGGGACUGAUGAAAUGCAUCAUGGGACUGAAGAAAUGCAUCAUGCGACUGCUGCUAUGCAUCACGGAACUGAUGAAAUGCAUCAUGGGACUAAAGAAACGGCUGAGGAAACGCAUCACGGAAAUGGGGAAAUGCAUCACGAGACAGAGGCUAUGGUUCACAAUGAAAAUGAGAAGUGCUACAUGGCUACCCAAGUAAGACCGUCUGUCUGUUCUGUCAACGAAGAGGAAGAAGUGCACCAUAUAGGCUCUGGAGAUAUUAUGGAGAUCAUGAAAUCAUUCAAGCAUUAUGGUUACAACAAUGGUAGCUGCGGCACUUACUCUGCUAUUUAUGCCUUAUUUCUCAUUCUGACUGUACAUUUUAUCUAAAAUGCCCUAUAGUCUCAUUAGAAAAGAUGAUGUUCAUGUCUUAUACAAGCCUAAAGUCAAAGAACCAGGUAUGGUGUGGAGAAUGAUUUUAGACAAGUGAAAAACAAUACAUAUGAUAAGGACCCUACCUCAAAACAUUUUUCAACGCGUCGGACAACUUUCUAAAAAUAGAAUCUUGUUCUAAUUAUCGCACAAAUAGAUUGUAACUGAUUUUCUUUUUUUUAAUCUUGUUCAAUUAUCGCACAAAUAGAUUGUAACAUGAAUGGUAAAAACCUAAUGAUUCGAGAUAUAAAUACACCCCUAAGGAUGUUCUGUUCAUGAAAUGUUUGUAAAAUUGUAUCAUGAAUUAUCGUAUGAUCUGUAAAAUGAAGCCCUCUGAUUGGUCAGUUCUUGUGCUGUACCAACCUGUAUUGCUACUGAGAUUGUCCCCGUUGAUCAUCUCCGUCGCAAUACAGAAAAUAU